UUUAGCACUCCCAUUGGCGUGGACUACGCCUCCCAUGACUGAUUGGCUGAGCUUCAUGGGAAUCGUAGUCUCCCAGCAGACGGAGUGCCAGAGCGCAGCAGAUCCCCCCCAUGGAUGGCUGUCUGAGUGAUGAUAGCUGACGGACAGCCUCAGUCAGUGAAUGGCGUUGGACUUGCAUGAUUAAAACAGCAGUAGACAACAAAACUGAAGAAAAAUGGCUACUGACUCAGGAGAGUCAGCAAGUACAGACGAGUCUGACAAACCAGCUGGAUUCUCAGCAGAAGAGAAGCUGGCUUCCCAGGGCACUUCACUGGUCCAUCAGGCAAGCAUGGAAGAGCAUCAGAAACCUCAUUCGUCUUCUGGGACCAAUGAAAGAAAGCGUUUCUUCAGAAAGAGUGUGGACAUUACAGAGGAUGACCGGAUCCUAGAACCUGCAAUGAAAGAGGAAAAUAAGAACAGUGACGGUGUUAUCCAGCAGCCUUUGGAGGGUCAGUCAGCAAAUACGAUAGUUUUAGAACAGGAAGGGAAGAAUGAACCCAAAGCUGUUUCUGAGGCUUACAAAGACUCCCUUAGGGAGAAGAGUGAGAAAGAGAUGGAAGAAGAAGCAGAAAUGAAAGCUGUGGCCACCUCUCCAAGCGGCAGGUUCUUGAAAUUUGACAUUGAAUUGGGCCGUGGAGCUUUCAAGACCGUCUUUAAAGGGCUUGAUACUGAAACAUGGGUAGAAGUUGCCUGGUGUGAACUACAGGACAGAAAAUUAACCAAAGCAGAACAACAAAGAUUCAAAGAAGAGGCAGAGAUGUUAAAAGGUCUUCAGCACCCAAAUAUUGUGCGGUUUUAUGACUCUUGGGAAUCUACAUUGAAGGGGAAGAAAUGCAUAGUUCUUGUCACUGAACUGAUGACUUCCGGCACGUUAAAAACUUACUUGAAACGGUUCAAAGUGAUGAAACCCAAAGUAUUAAGGAGCUGGUGCCGGCAGAUCCUGAAGGGACUUCAUUUCCUGCACACUCGGACACCACCUAUUAUCCAUCGUGAUCUGAAAUGUGAUAACAUCUUCAUAACUGGACCCACUGGUUCAGUGAAGAUUGGAGACCUGGGUCUGGCUACAUUAAUGCGAACUUCAUUUGCCAAGAGUGUUAUUGGAACACCAGAGUUCAUGGCUCCAGAAAUGUACGAGGAACAUUAUGAUGAGUCUGUGGAUGUCUAUGCAUUUGGCAUGUGCAUGCUGGAAAUGGCUACUUCUGAAUACCCAUACUCUGAAUGCCAAAAUGCUGCUCAGAUCUACCGCAAAGUAACCAGUGGUAUUAAACCUGCAAGUUUCAACAAGGUCUCUGACCCAGAAAUAAAGGAAAUCAUAGAAAGUUGCAUCCGUCAGAAUAAAAAUGAAAGGUUAUCUGUUAAGGAGCUUUUGAAUCAUGCCUUCUUUGCGGAAGACACUGGACUUAGGGUAGAAUUGGCUGAAGAAGAUGUUGGCACCAAUGCGUCACUAGCUUUGAGACUCUGGGUGGAAGACCCCAAAAAACUUAAAGGGAAACAUAAAGACAAUGAAGCCAUAGAGUUUAGCUUCAACUUGGAAAUGGACAAUCCUGAUGAAGUGGCCUAUGAAAUGGUAAAAUCUGGGUUUUUUCAUGAAAGUGACAGUAAGGCAGUAUCAAAAUCUAUUCGUGACAGAGUGUCACUCAUUAAGAAAACUAGAGAAAGGAGGCUGCUUGCUGGAUAUAGUGAAGAACGUCGCGAUUCACAAAGCAGAGCUGGUGGGGCACCACUUACCCAUCCUGGUGUGCCUGCUACUCCCGGAUACCUUCAGUCUGGGGUAAAUGAAUGUGAAGAAACAGAAGUGGAUCAGCAUGUACGCCAGCAACUUCUUCAGCAACAAAUUCAGCAGCCCUCCUCAAUUACAGCUGAUGUGGGAUCAGAGGUUUUCACAGGAUCCACCAUACUGUCAGAUACUUCUAAUCAGCACAGUGCCAUGUAUACAGCUGGCCAUGAGCAGAUGAGCACCCAGCAAGUAACUGGUAUGCCACAGGCUGAAAGCAGUAAUGUGGGGCAAUUAUACCAGACUCAGCAAGUUGUGGGUCACUGCCAACAAACACAGCAGACUCUGGCGACUCAAUUAGUAUAUACAGGAGAUGGACAACCUAUUCCCCAGCCUAGCACGAUAGAUCCUUCUUCAAUGAUGCCUGUAAUGCAGCCAUCCUUUUCUGCAUUGUCCCCUCAGAUUAUACCUGGGCAAGUGGCAUCUCAGCAGACUGUAGCUGGCAUUCAGUUGGAAGUUUGUGGCAUGACAGGAAUGCAAAUUCAUGCUGACAGCCAAGCCCCAGCACUACUUCCUAUGUCUCAUUCAACUUUGUUGGCUCAAUAUGGCAGCAGCGUACAGAAUGUACUGCAUCAUGCACCGAAUGUCACAGGAGUACAGACAAAUGCUCCACAUGCACACCAGUUAACCUCAGUACAGCAACCAUUAAUGCCUCUCAAGGAUCAUUUAAAUUACUCACCAACACUCCAGCAAGGGCACAACUUUCAGAUGCAAUCACAUUUGGAGCAGAUACAGUGUUCUCAAAACCAACAAUCCUAUCAACAUCCACUAUCACAGCAGCAUCUUAUAUUUCAAACUGCAACAAUGGAAGAACCAACCAAAAUAAUGUACUCUGAUGCUAUUAUACAAGAAGCUGUUCAACGGCAAGUAGACGUGGAAAACCCACAUGAGCAAGAACUCUGUUUUCUCAAUGCCCAGACAGCUUCUCUGCCUCCUACAGAAGUGUCUUUUUCAGCCCUCUCUGAAAAACUGGUGAACGUGCCGCAAUCACUUGCCUGCAUGCAAGACAAGCCUCCUUUCUCACCGUAUGUAGUAUCACAGGCAAGUGUCUACCAACAUACUCGUGAACAGGAGCAGUCCUCAUACACCCUACAGAUUGUGAAGAACUCUGGAACUGAGAAACAAUUGUUUUCUCCACAGGUAGCUGCUCCAGCGGUGGAGCAGUCAAUAUUUCCUCAAAAGACUGUUUUACAAAAUCCUCCUGAGCAGCCCCUUUUUAUCCAAAUUCCACCAUUGGAAGUAUAUGGACAACAGUCUGUUACUGCUGCUGACCAGACGAUGCACACACAAAAAGCUGCUCCUCUUUCUGAUCAGCCUGUGUAUGUGCAGCAAGCAGGCCCCUUACCUGAGCAAAACAGUUUUAGCCCACAAUGUCCACAAAUUUCAGAGCAAACAAUGUAUGUCCAGCAAACUAUGCAGCCUUCAGAGCAACAAAUACAUAGCCAACAUUCUAUGAUUGUCCCUGACCAUAUCUUGUAUUCACAGCAAACUACUUUGUCAGUGGAACAGCCAAUUUAUCCACAGCAUUUUGCAAGUGCGGAGAAUCAAAUAUACAUGCAGCAAAGUGCAUCGGCUCAGCAUCCAGUGUAUAUGCAGCAGGUAAUUUCAACUGAUCCGACUCUGUAUGCACAGCAAGUUAUGUCAGCUGAGCAAAAGGCAUACACACAGCAGGCUGCCACCGCUGAACAGGCUGCAUUUGCACAGCAAGCUGUCUCAGCUGAGCAAUCAGCCUACAUUCACCAAGUAACUUCAGUAACUGAGCAGGCGUUGCAUGUUCAUCAGUCAGCUGCAGCAGCUGAACAGCAUGUACAGCAGGCAAGAGCAGCAGAGCAAGUGUUGUACCCAGAGAGAGUCGUAUCUGCUGAGCAUUCUGCAUACACACAACAAGUCGCGUUAACUGAGCAGCCUAUGUACACGCAGCAAAGUGUAUCUUCCGCUCAGUCAAUGUAUACGCAGCAAACCAUAAUGACAGGGCAGUCACUAUAUACUCUGCAAUCUACACCUGCCGGGCAGCCUUUGUUCACUCAACACGCUACAGCAACUGGACAACCAUUAUAUACUCUGCAAGGUGCACCAGUGGGACAGCCAUUAUAUACUCUGCAAGCUGCCCCGGCCGGACAACCCUUGUACACUCAGCAGGCUGCCUUCCCUGGACAGCAAUUCUACACUCAGCAAGCUGCCCCAGCCAAGCAGCCAGUACAUACUCAACAAGCCACUCCAGCUGGACAGACAUUACACAGUCAGCAAGCCCUACCGGCCGUGCAGCCGGUGUACACGCAGCAAGCCCCACCGGCCGUGCAGCCGGUGUACACGCAGCAAGCCCCACCGGCCGUGCAGCCGGUGUACACGCAGCAAGCCCCACCGGCCAUGCAGCCGGUGCACACGCAGCAGGCCCCUCUGGCCGUGCAGCCUGUGUCCACUCAGCAGGCCCCCCCGGCCGUGCAGCCGGCGCCCAUUCAGCAAGCCCCCCCGGCCGUGCAGCCGGCGCCCAUUCAGCAAGCCCCCCCGGCCGUGCAGCCGGCGCCCACUCAGCAAGCCCCCCCGGCCGUGCAGCCGGCGCCCACUCAGCAAGCCCCCCCGGCCGUGCAGCCGGCGCCCACUCAGCAAGCCCCCCCGGCCGUGCAGCCGGCGCCCACUCAGCAAGCCCCCCCGGCCGUGCAGCCGGCGCCCACUCAGCAAGCCCCCCCGGCCGUGCAGCCGGCGCCCACUCAGCAAGCCCCCCCGGCCGUGCAGUUGGCGCCCACUCAGCAAGCCCCCCCGGCCAUGCAGUUGGCGCCCACUCAGCAAGCCCCCCCGGCCGUGCAGCUGGCGCCCACUCAGCAAGCCCCCCCGGCCGUGCAGCUGGCGCCCACUCAGCAAGCCCCCCCGGCUGUGCAGCUGGCGCCCACUCAGCAAGCCCCCCUUGCCGUGCUGCCGGCGCCCACUCAGCAAGCCCCCUCUGCCGUGCUGCCGGCGCCCACUCAGCAAGCCCCCUCUGCCGUGCAGCCGGCGCCCACUCAGCAACCCCUCCCUGCCGUGCAGCCGGCGCCCACUCAGCAACCCCUCCCUGCCGUGCAGCCGGCGCCCACUCAGCAACCCCUCCCUGCCGUGCAGCCGGCGCCUACUCAGCAACCCCUCCCUGCCGUGCAGCCGGCGCCCACUCAGCAAGCCUCCCCAGCCGUGCAGCCGGCGCCCACUCAGCAAGCCCCCCCGGCCGUGCAGACGGCUCAGACUCGGCAAAUCCCCCCGGCCAUGCAGCAGUCUGAGACUCUGCAAACCCAGCCGGCCAUGCAGUUGGUGCACUCUCAGCAGGCCCCGCCGGCCGGGCAGCCGGUGCCCACUCAGCAAGCCCCGCCGGCAGUGCAGUUGGCGCACUCUCAGCAGGCCCCUACAGCCCUACAGCCAACUUACAAGCAGCAUGACCAUUCAUCUGAGCACUCAUUGUACACACAUCAAGCUGGAACAUCCAAGCAACAAGUUUGCGCAAAACAAAUGGUCUUGGCUGAACAGGCUUUGCCCCCAGUACAUGCAACAUCUUCUGAGCAUCCUACAGAUCCAUCUGUGCUUACCUUUCCGGGUGCAAUUACUUCAAACCGACCUACUUACAAUGAUUUUACUCCAGUUAUGGGGCAAACCAGCAAUGUCCACCAAUUAAUGCCACCUGCUGAUCAACUCAUGCAUACUCAAGAAGCUGUUGUAACUAAUGAUCCUCCAUUAUAUAUCUUACAAGCAGAACCCCAAGUUGACCAGACUGUACAUAAACAACCUAUUUCUAUGCAAGGGAAUGCUCACAACCCGUCUGCUGACCAGCUUGGCUAUACUCAACAUGGUGCAUUGAUUGCUGGUCAUCAAGUAUAUGUCAACCCUGCCCAUCCAAUAUAUUCUUUUCAGACAGUUUGUGGUGUUGACCAAACUUACAUUCAACAGAGCGUGCCUCAUACCGAUUCAAACUUGUAUAAUGACCACGCUGUCCCUUGUUCUGACAAAUCACCUUAUGUUCAUCCAGCUGUAUUACCUUCACAUCAAUCUCCAUACACGCCAUUGCAGCAUGCGGUUCCAGAUAAACUAAUGUAUUAUUCCCAGGAUAUAGAAUCAACUUGUCCUCAGACAAUCGUGAACCCUCCUUCAUAUGCAUAUCCUAUACAAACAUCAGUGGAGACAUCAGGCCUCAUCCAGCAGAUGUUACCCUCUGAUCAGCUGGUAAACCUUAAUUUGCAGAUAAGCACAACUCCUCUACAGGACAACCGGUCUGAACAUUGUGUUCAGUCUCCAGAUAACCAGUCCGUGUUAAUACAUACCCAAGACUUCAAAUAUACCUAUGAAGAACAGAAAGCAGGUCACACAGAAUCAAAUUUAACUCCUUUACAGCCUUCAGAGAAUCAACAUUUUGUGACUUCCAUGAGUUUGUCUUCUACAUGUCGGGCUCCAGAAACGGCAAUUUUGAAUCAGCACUUUCCUACACAAUCUCUGCCUUCACCCCAACAUCAGCAGGCUAUCUCUAGACGCACUUCAUGUGAACAGGGCCAAUCUUCUCAAAUAUCACCUGGUCAGCAGUGCAACAGCCUGCAAAAGACAAUGCAUCUUAAUGGUCCACUACCUAAUGAAGUACCUUUGCUUUAUCCUACCAACUAUCCAACGUCUCAUCCUAAUAUACAAGUUUAUAAUCAACAGAAUGUGGGUCAAGCAGACUUUUUACCAGGGAGUACUUCUGUUCCUCAAAACCACACAGCUUUACCAGAAAUUCCUUUAUCAAACCAGGUCCAUCAUGCCACUCUAGAUGAAUCUGCUAUAUCAAAUAUACAUCAACAACUUGACUUGCAGUCUGCUGAGAGAUAUAGUUCUGAGUCUUGUUCACUUCCACCACCUCAUCACCAAGAGUCAAUGGAGUACCCCACGCUACAGCAGACAAUGUUGUCAACUGAAGUUGCUGCAGAAUCUCAAGGUCAACAUCAGAAUACUUAUCAAAUUCCUACAACAGCACCACAGCAGCAGUCCACGUCUAUGGCAGUGACCUCUGAACUUACUGUUCAGAAUCCAGACUCCCUUCCAAGUGAUGAUACAAAGGACAGUUCGAGUAUUCUUGAUGCUUCUCUUGGAAAUGGUAAACAGGAGAAGAUGAAACAGCGCAGAGCUUCCUGCCCCCGGCCUGAUAAAAUGGCUCGAUUUAUCCUAACUGUAAUGCAGGUUUCAACUUCUGGUGAUAACAUGGUGGAGUGUCAGCUGGAAACUCACAACAACAAAAUGGUGACUUUCAAAUUUGAUGCGGAUGGAGAUGCUCCUGAAGAUAUUGCUCUUUACAUGGUUGAAGAUGACUUUGUGUUGGAAGGCGAGAAGGACAAGUUUGUCGAUGAGCUGAAAAUAAUUAUUUCACAGGCCCAGGAAAUACUGCGCAGUCUUCCAGCAGACAGAUUAGAUUGUGUCCAGUCUGAGUCCAACAGCCAGACUGGAUCUUCGGAACAUGCGCAAACAGCACUCUCGGUCUCUGCUCAAACAGGUGGUGAAGCUGUGCCACAGUCCUCUCCUGUUGGUCGCUGGAGAUUUUUCAUCAAUCAAACUAUAAAAAACCGUGAAGCCCAUUCCUCAUUUGCUACACAAUCAGCUGUGAUAAAGCCAGUUUCAGCACUACACGAGGAACCGAAAACGCAAAAUCUGCCAGAGGAUUCUUCUCUUUCCUUACAGGGUGAUUCAGUUCUGUCCGAUAUUAUGCCGACUGUGCUCUCUGAAAGAACAGACGAGCAGCUUUCGACCUGUACAACUGAGCUCCCGACCCAUCUGACAAAUUGCAGUGAAAUUAUGUCUUCUCCUCCAAACAAUAUUUUAGCAGCAGGGCAAAGUGUGUCAGAGCCUGGAGACAGUGGUAAAAGUAUGGCUGUAGAAUCCAAUGCACAGCAGCCAAAUAGCCGCUCCCUUUGUGCUCAAGAUUCUCAAGAAACUAUUGCAGUUUUUACAUCUGAAAGUUCUGCUAGUUUGUCACUUGGCUUGACGAUUGAUUCAGUAGCUCAUGAUGAAACUGGAUUCCCUCAGACCCCUGUCUCGGAUGCCUCACUUGUUCAUUCUGCAUCAGUACAGGAGUCUGAUUUAGAAGGACCUCCGAAAAUAGACUUUGUUGACAACCGCAUUAAAACAUUGGAUGAGAAAUUAAGAACUUUGUUGUAUCCGGACAGCUCUGCUAGUUCUUAUGCCGAAAGCCAGAAAGAGACACAGAGUACAGAGUCUCCUCUUUCGUCGUCAGCUGAGGACACACUUUCUUGUCCUGUUCCUGAAGCUUUGUAUGUGAAUACCACCGAUGUUCAGGGCACACCAGAUGAGCAACUACCUAUUGAUUCACCAGCAUCCAGAGAUCUAGAAGCUGUCAGUACUAUGCCUGGUGAACUGACUCCAUCUGAGAGCUCUGAAGACGCCUGGCAUCCUGGAACCUCUUCUCAUGCAUGUACCAAACGUUCUAUGGGUACUGGAGCCACGCAUCUACAGACAGGAGGUGGAUAUUUUGGCCUAAGCUUUACUUGUCCUAGUCUCAAAAAUCCCAUUAGCAAGAAACCGUGGGCUCGCAAAUUAAAAAGCUGGGCAUGCAGGUUGCGGCAUUCCAACAGCUUAUUCAAGAGGUCAAGAGUCCGUCAAGUAGCUGAAGAGGAUGCAUUAAAGCGGGAUCCACCUGACUCCACCCAAAAGGUGAUAGAAGCACUUGCUGAAUGCACCUUGUCAGAAGGCACUGGAACAUUUAAGCGUGGACGCUUCCAGGUUGUUACAGUUCCCCAAGAAGAACCACUAACUCCUGGUAAAAUUACCCGUGCUUCGAAAGCAGCAUCCCAGAGUUUGGUAUCUGAGACUCCACCUUCUGCCGGAGAGGUAGAAUCUGCUGGUACCAGAGUUGAAGACACUCCACAGUCUGUUAGCACUGUUUGUGAAACAGAUGCAUCCUCUCUAACUCCGGACAGAGAACUAGAAGAAACCUCGGUCACUGGCAGCAGUGCUCUGUCUAGUUCAGCACCAUUGAUGAAAGAGAUCCCAAGUCAAAACAACUUUAAAAAGCAGACCAGUAGUGAUUCUGAGAUGUCUAUUGUCCCAGACAGGCCCAAUGAACAAAAGGCAAAAGAAAGAGAAACCGGUCAACAGGGUGAAAAGAAUGGUUCCCAGAAGCAGGGCUCUCUUAUCUACUCUCCAUCUUCCCCAAUGAGCAGUGAUGAUGAUUCAGAACUAGAAGAUGAAGAUCUAAAGAUGGAGUUGCAAAAACUGCGGGAAAAACAUAUUCAGGAGGUGGUAAAUUUACAAGCUCAGCAAAACAGGGAGCUUCAGGAGCUAUAUACACGCCUGCAUUGUUUGAGAGAAAACAACGCACAAUCCUCGGAUACCUCGUUCCAACCUAUGUCCCCACGUCGACCCAGAUCAGUGAAAAGCAAACAGCGGAGCCGACCCCAGUCCCUGACCCACAUGGACAAUGGGAUAGGACAUUCAGAUCACUGCAGUGAGAGCAACUCUGAUGCUGGCCAGCAGUCCAUCUCUGAAAAGAAGAGCAUGUUCACUGAUGACUUACACAAGCUAGUGGAUGAUUGGGCAAAAGAGAAUGCUGGAAACCCUCUUUUGAAACCCAGUCUAAACCAGAUCAAACAAAACCAGAGCCGCUCAGAGACAGAAAACUGGAAUCGCAGUUAUGAGAAUUCAACGGCCACGUCAGGCUACCCAUCCAGUUGGGCAUCUUCAAUAUCUCAGAUUCACGGAACUGUCCCAGCAGCCAUCUCUCAAAAUCUUGGGCUCCCCAACUUUACACCGGGAGGAAGUCCAGCCUACCCAUUAACACACGCCUGUCAGUACAGUACCAUGGGAAACACUGGUUACCCUGUGCAGUGGACUGCCCAAUCUUCGAUCCUCCCAAACCAACAUCUUGCAACUUACCAGGCUAACGUUGCAGUGCAAUCCUUUACACCCUCAGCCGCUCAUAAAACAGCCACCAUACCAUCAUCGCCUAAAUGAUCCAUGGGACCUUCAUGGACUGUGUUGAGGGAUCUUUCAGCCUUCCUUAUAAUGACUUCAUCACACA